GGCUUGCGAGCGCGGAUGCUUUGCGGCGAAAAGAGCGCUUCAAGGCCGCUGGGGGCGCUGCGGCAGCUUCCCGCGACAGACCUUGCCGGGGCCUUGCGGUGCGAGGAGGAGCAGCCGCGGCCGCGGAGCUGCUUCCAGCCGACGGGGAGGUCUUGGAACUCCUGCGCGGCGAAGGGUCCCGAGUUCGCCAUGUGGGGCGUUCGAAGCGCGGCCGCUGCAGCCUUUGCCAGCAGCCGAGCGACUCCGCCUCCCGGGACGGCAGCCUGGUGGUGGCGGCCUCAGGACGGCGGCCUCGGCCUGCCUCCGCUGGGCUGCCCCGGCUGCCGGGCUCUGCGCUGCUCCGCCGCCCUCUGCGGCUCCAGGAACCAGCUCAAGAAGUUCCUCUCUAAAAAGAAGAAGAAGUUUUGGUAUGAUAGUCCUGCACUGGGCUCUUCCCUGGCACACAAGCCAUCCAACUUGGCAAGUAUAUUAAAGCUUUGUCCACCAAAAGUGAAGACAGAAGACAGCAUACGUAAAAGAGCCCUAAAUGUUCUUCUGCUUAAAGCUGUGAGAGAUGUCUUGAGUACCUUUGAGGCUGGCCAAGAAGUUUAUGACCUCAACGUGGAACUGUCUAAGGCGUCCCUCACAUCAGAUUUUUCAGUAUGUCGUAUCUACUGGAAGACUACUGGCAGUGUGGAACAUGAUGACUACAUUGAGAAGGUUCUACAGAAGAGUGGUCCACGUAUAAGACACCUUCUGAUUUCACAUCAGGUCCUAGGAACUGUUCCUUCAUUAGUGUUUGUCAGAGACAAAGAAGAUGCUGCUAUAAGAGAGAUUGAGAAGUUAUUGGCAACUGCUGAUUUUGGGCCUGAAGAAGAAGGAAAGGAAUCGGUUCAAAAUGAUUUCAGUGAACAACGAUACACCAGAGCCACCACAUACCUGGACUCGUCCCUUUCCUGCAUGCGUGAUAAUCUGUUUGGAAUUGAUCAUGAUGCAUUAAAUAAGCAAAUAAUUGAAUACAAAAAAAUGACUAAGGACAAGGAAAUAGAAGGAGUUGGAUUGUCAGAGCAGCAGAAGCAACAGCUGGCUGAGAUACAAAAGCGCAAGAAAGUGAGAUGGAAGAAAGCCAAGAAACCUUUUGAUGAUGGAAUUACACCUCAGAAAUACCUAAUGGACAAAUACAGUGAAGAUGAUUGGGACAGUGACACUGCGUCCUCACAUGAACUGGAAAAUGAACUGGAGGAUGAAUUGCAGGAAAUGGAAGAUAGAUUGGAAGUAGAUAACAGUACCACCGAGCACAAGUAAACUUGUAAAACAAAACUAUGGCUUACCUGAGAGCAAACCCCAUUAACCUCAGUCGAAUUUAUUUCUAAGUAGUUAUAUACACGAGGUGUUUAAAAUAAGGAUUUUGCUUUUCACCAUUAAACCAGCAUACUGUAUAGCGGAGGAAAACCAUAAGUUUUCAUAGAAUAGUUUAUUUUAAAAAAACCUUGUUUCAAACUGUUUUUAUUAAACAAUUGGACAAUUCUU